AAAUGUUGCCUUGGAUAAGACAUUAGGAAAAAAAAGCUGCUGCAAGAGAUGCUGUUGCACUGGAAGAACAAUGGGACGAAAAACUGUUAAAAAUGGUUUUGCAACUGGAAGAGAUAUGUGGAGAAAAACAGUUGCUUGAUGAAAAUUGUUGCACCUGAAGGUUGUGAAAAGAAAACAGUGUUACAUGAUGUUCAUGCAUGAGGUAAAGUUAUAAAUAGAGCAGUCGUCAUGGACAUUCUAGAAGUUAUGUCUGUGCAUACUGAUCAGCUUUCCUGUACUUAUAUCUCACUCUAAAUCACAGAACCUCCUCCACCUCUCACUUCGGUCCAACUCCACAUUUUCCCUCCGUCUCCUCCCUCCGUAUUCUCAGAGUCCCCGUUGCAGUGGUGCCACUCGGCCACAGCUGGGCGCUGUUGCCUAACUCUCCCCCUGCCUCCCCUCUCUCUCUCCGCCAGCCCAGCCUGCCUCUCUCCUGCCUCUCUGCCUCAGCCAACCCGGGCUGUGCCGAGCUGCUCCCUGCGGGAUCAGAGCGCUCCCCCGCCGGGACCCUUCUCUCACAUCCCCCUGCUGGGACGCGGCUACAUUUCCAGCCAAGCACUGCCUGCCUUGGCUUUAUUAUGUGUGUCUGCGCCGCAGCCCCGCCAGCAGAGGCAGGCAGAGGAGGAGGAGGGAGACUGGUAGCCAGAGUCAGGACAAAGAAAAAGCAGGGAGACAGAGGCUAGCGAAGGGUUAGACUGCAAGAAAUAUUAUUAAUACCGCCGAUAGGACAUUGGGAGAUAUUAAAAAAAAAAAAAAAAAAAAAAAAAAAUUCAAAAAAAUCAGAAAGCGUGGGUAGUUAAAAGCAGCAUUCCCCUCGGGGUGGAGAUGCAGGGGAAGAGCGCAAUGUCCAUGCCACCAGACCACCACCACUACCUAGUGUAGAAUAGCGGGACGGAACACGGGAGGCUGCUCGGUUCCUGGAGGGGAGGACAGAAAACAGGCUGAGAUAGUUGCGAUAAACUAAAAAAAAAAAAAAAAAAAAAAAAAAAAAGACGAGAAGCUACGGUUGAUCUGAAACCAAUCUUCCACCCAAAACAAAAAAACAAAAAAAAACAGUCUCCGCCGGCUCUCCUCUCCUCUCCUCUCCUCACCUGGACCGUCACGUACCGCCGUGUCUCCUCCGCCGCCGCCGCCGCCUCGCGCUCGGACGGUGCCGCUGUCACUUUUCCUCAAACACGGCGCGGGACCUGCUCAGGUGUUCGGCACGCGCGUGGGUGGCAGCUCGCGCACAGGUCCGCGAGGAAGCAGGGAGAAGAAGGAGCAGCACGAGCGCUCGGAGAAGAAGCUAAUAAAUAAAAUAUAGAAGAAGAAGAAGAAGAAGCUGUAACAGAGGAGGAGGAGAAGAAGAAGAAGAACCGACGGUGGGAAGUUGCGCCCCCGUUUAUUCUACAGGUUGCGCGAACCCGAGCGGUUUUUUUUUUCCUCCUGUGUGUGUGUGUCGAGGACACACCGGAGAGGAAGCCUCUGAAGCCAGCCAGCCUCUCACUCCCGGUGUGUUCGCUUGUUGUCGUCGGGACUAAGACGGCCGUUUCUCGCUCGCAGAGGCUGAAGCUGCCGCAUUGCAACAGGCGAAGAAGCAGCAGCAGCAGCAGCAGCGAAGUGGAGGAAGAAGAAGAAGGAGGAGGAAGAGGAGGAGGACAGAUAAGCCCAGCUGCAUGGUUAGCUGCGGAACAAAAACAACUAAAGAAUUAAAGAAACCUGCUCUAAAGAAAGCACAGCAGAGAUGUCGAGACGAAAACAGGCCAAACCGCGCUCCGUCAAAGCGGUAGAAGAAGGGGAGUCUUCAGAGUGUGGAGGGACCUGGGAUGAAUCAACUGUCCAGACAGAAGUUCCGGCGUCUGACAGAGAGGCAGAGCCCAAAGAGGGUCAAGGUGGUGGUGCUGAAGACGGAGAACAAGAAGAGCACGACGAGCGUGAUGACAGAGAUCAUGAUGACGACCUAGAUGACGAGUCCAUCUUCACCUGCGACAACUGUCAACAGGACUUUGACUGUCUGGCUGAGCUCACCGAACACAGAACCAACCACUGCCCGGCUGAUGGCGACGAUGACCCAGCAGGGCUGUCCUGGGUGCCUUCCUCGCCCUCCAGUAAAGACGUGGCAUCGCCGUCACAGAUGCCUGAUGGCUGCUGCGACCUUGGCAUGGCCACUGGCGGAGAGGAGGAAGGAGGCGCAGGUCUGCCGUACCCAUGCCAGUUCUGUGACAAGUCCUUCAGCCGUCUGAGCUACCUGAAGCGUCACGAGCAGAUCCACAGCGACAAGCUGCCUUUCAAGUGUACCUUCUGCAGCCGUCUGUUUAAACACAAGAGGAGCAGAGAUCGCCACGUCAAACUCCACACAGGAGAUAAGAAGUAUAGCUGUCAGGAGUGUGAAGCUGCUUUCUCUCGCUCUGAUCACCUGAAGAUCCAUCUCAAGACACACAGCUCCAGCAAACCAUUUAAGUGCAGUGUGUGUAAACGUGGCUUCUCCUCCACAUCGUCGCUGCAGAGCCACAUGCAGGCUCAUCGUAAGAACAGAGAACAUCUUGCGCUGAGGAGCGAGAGAGAUGGAGGGAAGAAGGGAUCAGGAGGAGAGGGCGACCUGGAGCAGGACCUGUAUAUGUGCGAUUACUGCGAGGAGACGUUCAGCCAGACCGACGAGUUGGAGAAACACGUCCUGACCAGACACCCCCAGCUGUCCGACCGAGCUGACUUGCAAUGCAUCCACUGUCCUGAGAUCUUUCUAGAUGAGGCUUCGCUCCUCACGCAUAUCGAAACCCAGCAUGCCAACCGCAAACACAAAUGUCCUGUCUGUUCAGAACAGUUCCCGUCUGUAGAGGACGUCUACUGCCACCUAGACAGCCAUCGUCAACCCGACUCCUCUAAUCACAGUGCUGCCAGUCCUGACCCGGCCCUCGGCAGCGUGGCCUCAAUGAGCUCGGCCACUCCAGACUCUAGUGCCAGUCUGGAGAGAGGCUCGACACCUGACUCCACACUAAAGCACAGCCAGGGUAGCGAACGAAGCCGCAGGAGAGGCGCAGAUACUGUGGAGGACAUAGGGAUUAGCCUGGGUCAUCAAGGUGGAGGUGGGGGAGGGAACUGGGGUAAAGUGACGUACUCUUGCCCGUACUGCUCAAAGAGAGACUUCCACAGUCUGGCAGUGUUGGAGAUCCACUUGAAGACGAUCCAUGCGGACAAGCCGCAACAGAGCCAUACGUGUCAACUCUGCUUGGAAACGCUGCCAACGCUCUACAACCUCAAUGAACAUGUGCGGAAAGCUCACCGUGCCAGCGGAGGAACCGUGGGCACAACAGCAGCGGCAUUUCCUCUGCUGCAGUUCACCAACGUCACAGCAUUCCACUGCAACUACUGUCCAGACAUGUUCGGGGACAUCAACUCUCUGCAAGAACACAUCAGAGUGUCCCACUGCCUGCCUGGUGGGAUUAUGGCAGGAUCCACAACAUUAGAAGGGAACCAUGCCUUCUUCUGCAACCAGUGCUCCAUGGGAUUCCUGACGGAGUCUUCGUUGACAGAACACAUUCAGCAGACACACUGCACCUCUGCUACAGGCGGCGGAAAUGCAUCUGGAGGAGCGGUGGCCAAACUGGAGUCACCUGUACUGCAGGCUGCAUCUCAGUCCUUCAUGGAGGUUUACUCCUGCCCUUACUGCACCAAUUCUCCUAUCUUCGGCUCACUCCUCAAGCUCACCAAACACAUAAAGGAGAACCACAAGAACAUCCCGUUGGCCAACAACAAACGGCAGGCUAAAGUUGCCGAGCUGAGCCCAGCCUCCUCUGACGUCGAGAUCUCCUCUCCGAAACGCCACCGACUGGGAGGGGACUCUACCCCGUCCAUGGGAAGCAACGGGGAUUAUCCGUGCAACCAGUGUGACCUGCGGUUUGCUAGUUUUGAGGGUUUCCAGGCCCACCUUAAGUCACACCUGGAGAUGCUGCUGAGGCGUCAGUCCUGCCCCCAGUGCAACAAGGAGGAUUUUGAGUCCCAGGAGGCAUUGCUUCAACACCUGACAGUACACUACACCACCACGUCUACACAGUAUGUGUGUGAAAGCUGCGACAAACAGUUCUCCUCAGUGGAUGACCUGCAGAAACACCUGCUGGACAUGCACACGUUCGUCCUGUACCACUGUACUCUUUGUCAGGAGGUCUUUGACUCUAAGGUGUCCAUACAGGUGCAUUUGGCAGUGAAGCACAGCAAUGAGAAGAAGCUGUUUCGCUGCACAGCCUGUGCCUGGGACUUCAGAAAGGAGGCCGAUCUUCAGCUUCAUGUUAAGCACAACCACCUAGGCCAAAGGUCGGGACUCCCAGGAGGUCUCGGUACAGGACUCAAACCUCGGAAGUGCAUCUUCUGUGGGGAGACAUUUGGAACAGAGGUGGAGCUGCAGUGUCACAUCACCACGCACAGCAAGAAGUUCACGUGUCGCUUCUGUGGCAAAGCUUUCCAUGCCAUCUCACUGCUGGAGAGACACCUGAGAGAAAAGCACUGCAUCUUCGAUGGCGGCAACAUCACCGGCAAUGGAGGUGGCACAGGGAGCAGUGGGAGUCAGAACGGGACGCCCAACGGGCUCGCUCAGUCCUCCAAGCGAGGAGGGGGAGGGGGAGGAGGAGGAGGAGGAGGAGGAAGUGGCAAUGGAGGUGCUGCAGGCGUUGAAAGAGCAACAGUCGCGGCUGCUGAACAAGCUGACCUGCAGAACAUCCUGCUCAAGGGUAGUGUUGUGGGAGGAGGAUCAGGCCAGGGAGGAGAUACAGCCAACAGCCACGAGGCAAGCGGGGGAGAGGAGGAGCUGGACAAUUCAGAGCCCAUGUAUGCCUGUGAUAUCUGCGGGGCAGCCUACACCAUGGAGUCCCUCCUGCAGAACCACCGGCUGCGGGACCACAACAUCCGGCCGGGAGAAGAUGAUGCUGGUUCGCGAAAGAAGAAGGCAGACUUCAUCAAAGGGAACCACAAGUGCAACGUUUGCUCCAGAACUUUCUUCUCUGAGAACGGGCUUCGCGAGCACGCUCAAACGCACCGUGGUCCUGCCAAACACUACAUGUGUCCGAUAUGUGGCGAGCGAUUCCCCUCUCUGCUGACGCUCACUGAACACAAGGUGACCCACAGUAAAAGCCUGGACACAGGAACCUGUCGAAUCUGUAAGAUGCCCCUGCAGAGUGAGGAGGAGUUUAUAGAGCAUUGCCAGAUGCACCCCGACCUCCGCAACUCCCUCACCGGCUUCCGCUGCGUUGUCUGCAUGCAGACGGUCACCUCCACCCUAGAGCUGAAGAUCCACGGCACCUUUCACAUGCAGAAGCUUUCUACCGGUUCUGCACUUGGAGGAGCUGGAGGAGGAGGCGGGAAUGGAGGAGCAGGUGGAGGCAACGGCUCAGCCUCUUCAUCCCCUAAUGGGCAGCUGCAGCAGCAUAAGCUGUACAAAUGCGCCUUCUGCCUAAAGGAGUUCAAGAACAAAGGCGAGCUGGUGAAGCUAGAUGUCAAUGGCCUGCCUUACGGCCUCUGUGCUGGUUGUAUGAGCAGGGGCACGAACGGCCAGAGUCCCAACCAAGGAGGAACUGCCACGCCCGGAGACACGCAAGGAGAGAAGGCCGUGGCCGGGCUGAGGUGUCCAGAGUGCGGGGUGAAGUUUGAGAGCCUGGAGGACUUGGAGAGUCACGUCCAGACGGAUCACCCUGAGGUCAGCCCUGAAACCAGCGCAGCAGGAAAGAAGACUGAGGCUUCACCUGCACCUAAGAAGAAGACCUACCAGUGUAUUAAAUGCCAAAUGACGUUUGAGACAGAAAGAGAAAUCCAGAUUCACGUCGCCAAUCACAUGAUCG